AUGGUGAAAAGUGUUUGCGAAAUGGAGUUCAAAAGCAAUUUCUCCAUCGAUGCCAUACUGGCUAAGAAACCAGCCACACAGCACCAGCAGCAACAACAACAGCAGUACAUUAAACAGGAGCCGCUUUGCUACCAAACUAUGCCACAGCAUCAUCAUCAUCAUCUGCAUCAUCCAUAUGCCAAUUCCGAUGGUGAGCUGAGCGCCUCCGAAGAUUUCGAUACGCCCUCACGCACCAGCACACCUAUGAGCAGCGCUGCCGAGUCUUUGAGCUCCAAUAGCAACAACAAUGAUGACAAACUGGAUGUGGAAUACGAUGACGAUGAUGAGCCGUUGGAUGAAGCUGAAUUGGACAGCGAUGGCAGCGAGCCCAGCAGCAAGAAGCAGAAAACCAACUCUGGUGGCGAUAACAAGAAGCCGCCCUACAGCUACAAUGCCCUCAUCAUGAUGGCCAUACAGGACAGUCCCGAGCAGCGCCUAACGCUGAACGGCAUCUAUCAGUACCUCAUCAAUCGCUUCCCCUAUUUCAAGGCGAACAAGCGCGGCUGGCAGAACUCCAUCCGCCACAAUCUGAGUCUGAACAAAUGCUUCACGAAGAUACCGCGCAGCUACGACGAUCCCGGCAAGGGCAACUACUGGAUUCUGGACCCCUCGGCCGAGGAGGUUUUCAUUGGCGAGACCACCGGCAAGCUGCGUCGCAAGAAUCCCGGCGCCAGUCGCACUCGUCUGGCCGCCUACCGCCAGGCCAUAUUCUCGCCCAUGCUGGGCGCUGGCUAUGGCCCCGCCGGUCCCUACUAUGGUGGCAUGGCGCCCUUCGCUGGCGCUGCUGCCGCCGCCGCUGCUCUCUACCAGCGCAUGAAUCCAGCUGCCUAUCAGGCUGCCGCUGCCGCCGCCGCCGUUGCCGCUGGCUAUCCACAACAACAACUGCACUACGCUCAGGCCCAGGCCCAGGCUCAGGCAGCCGCCGCUCCCCAACAUCCCCAGCAUCCCCAGCAUCCGCUGCAGGGCUAUGCACCGCACAUGAAUGCCGAGCUCUUCCAGCGCAUGCAGUUCUUUGGCAAAUUCCCCGCUAGCUAG